CUUUUGUUUUGCUUUGUCUACUGUGGAGAGGAGAGGCGGCCAUGGGUGCGUUUUGGGGAACACGGGUGAUGGAGAUUGUGAAGAAGCAUGAUUCCGGUGGGCUCAUUUGGAAGAGAAUCAAGCUUACCUCUACUCGUAAAGCCAAUGCCAAAACCCGCCUCCGUCGCGUUUGGCAGAAUGAAGCUGUUCUAAGGGCGUGUGGUACAUCAGAUGCAUCGGGAUUUAGCAAGGGAGAAAGCUGUACCAGUGCGGCUAAAAAAUGAGUAAGGCGCGGAAGAUAAGCCUCUAGUAAUUUACAAUGGUAGAUGAAGUCUCCUUCUUGACAUGGUUCAACAAAAAUAAAAUAUGAACAUUUUGUUGUUGGGUUAUUGUUUCUACAUGUUGAGUCGUCUGCUACGAGUAAAGAUUUUUGAAGAGUAAUGGUGGCUUUCUUUUAUUAUUGUCAUUUAAGAUUUUUUUUGUCAGCUACUCCGAUACUUGUCUUUGCAACGAGCACGCACCAACUUGGUUAAUCCUUAACCACGUUGUUUAUUUA